GUUUUGGAAUAGUUUUAUUUUGACAUUUGUACGAAAUGUUCGCUGUUAAUUCCGCCAUACUAUCUCUAUUGUCCUUUAUUUUUAUUUUCUUACAGAUCAAUUCGGCUCAUUUAAACCUUAGUUGUUAAAAUAGUUGUGCGUCAGGUUAUAUGUAGGAAUAAACUAGCGAACACAUGCACGUUCAAUAAAGAUCAUGAAGGAGAUUCAAAAUCCCGUCAUCUUCCAAAAUGGAAUGAAGUCUCACGCUCACGGCACGUACUAUUGCUCCCCCUGGAGGGAAAUGGCAGAAAAGGGUGAGCUAUGAUGUGGAACUCCCCUGUUGGAGCGUGUCAAUGAACCUGUCCAGUGCGAUAUUUAAGCGCGCCACCGCUGCGCUCCUAUGGCGCAUCUGUAGCGACGCGUUUGGAGCGACAGUUCAAAUUUUUUUAAAAAUCGCCGUUAGAUGCCGUGGCCUCCUCGGAUCUGAUCCGUCUCUUGUUCUGGCUUUGCUGACAUCCGAUAGAUGGCGACCUCGCCAGUCUUCAAGAUGAACCACGCAGCAGAGGAGCGAUCCAUCAGCACCUGCAAAUGCCAAGCAGGCACGAGCAAGCACAAAACGAAACGGCUGAGGUCGCGUAAGGAGCGCAGUCAGACGAGAGACAGGAAGGACAGCUGCAAGGUCAAAAUGGGCCGCUGCCACCCUGACGGCGGCCUGGAUGUCAGGCACUUGCACGGCUGCUGCCGUCACGGCAGGAGGAGGGACGGUGCGUCGCCUCCGCCGCCGCUCUGCGAGGCGCUGGCUCCCACGCAGGAAGCCAGCGUCAUCACGGAGGCCCGCCUCAUCGGCCACCGCGGGCUCUUCAACCGCGAGGUGAAGUCCAUCGACAUUGAGCGGCUGUUAUUCAGGAAGAAGGAGGCAAAGGUUAAGGAGACGUCUUCGCAUGUCAUGAGUGAUGCCAGUGGCCCCGAUGAGGAGGUUCAAGCCACUGAGGCCCAGGAAGGUUGCGAGAAGAAAAGCCAGGCGUCAGACGUGACACCGAGCCAAAGAGAACAAGAGCACCCUUCAUCCGCAUGUUCUGCCGACGCCCCGUUGGCAAAGACCUGGAAACCCGAUCCACGCCAGAGGCCGCCGCCUUCUGCUGACCGCACAAAGAAGCCCCCUGAGCUAGAGCAAGAGCCCAGCCCCAUUCUUUGUCGACCCAUCGCUGCGGAAACCGGGGUGAAGGCGCACGGCCAAAGUCAAGGCGCCACCCGGGAGUCCGUCGCCGCGGUGUCUCAGCGCCUGCGCGAGGCCUUGCGCUUCCCUUCAGCGAAGAAGCGGGACCUGGUGGCGGAGAGCAGGGAGGUGUUGCUUCGAGCCCUGCGAGAGGCGCACGGCCAGCGCCUGCAGCAGAACCUCCUCCACAUGCACUCGGGCACCGGGCCCCGCCCUCACCCCAGGAGGGAGGUGCAUAAUCGCAAGGCCGCACGGAAAGCCCGGGAUAGACGCUUGACGCCAGACACAUUCCCAUCACCAUUUCAAGCCCACUCAUCGGAUUCCUUCUUUUUCGGAAGUGAGGACUCUCUGGUUUUGGAAAACACAAGGAAAGGAACGAAGCAGGUUUCCUGGGAUCUCAGUGGCUCGCCACUGCAGCACGUCAGCCAGAUCGGCGCUUGGCUAACAAGCCCAAUGGACAGCUCGGCAGGCUUCUUGGAGGACAUCAUCAGGCCUCGUAUCUCGCCGGAGUUCAGCAUGGACUUCGGCUCCUCCAGUUCUUCGUCUGUGGCGGUUCGUGGGCUGUUCGCCCCACCGGACGCCUGGCCAGUGGAACCCCCGGUAAACGACUUCAGCAAAGCCACCAUCGCGUUGGAUCCCUUCGAGGACUGUUUUGCGCAGAGACGGUGGCGUCGGUCGCAGGUGCUCUCCACGCAACAAGGCCCCAGUCAGGAGCUGGCAGGCCGAUAUUCACAGGAGAACUUUCCCCUGCAGCGGGACGCCUUAUUUGAAAGUCAACAGUACUCCUUUGCCCCCACUUUUUCCUCCGACCCUUUAACCUCCCUCCGCGACCACCAUUUCCAGCCAUCUUACAGUCUCGAAAGCCCUCCAUCUUUAUUCGUGUCCUUGUCAAGCCCCAAGCAGUGGUCCUUUCACCCCAGGAAACAAUACUGACGCACCACUUAAGUUAGAACUCUAGGAAAAAGCCUUCUUGACAAAAACGUGUCCGAACGCUGUAUCCUGUUGGAUAUUGCAUGAUUGGAAUAAGAAUUCUGCAGAUUAUUUCAUUUGUUUUCAUCCAUCGCAGGCGACUACCAUUUUGUCCUACGCCGCCCCCUGCUGGCGACCGAAAUUUAUGUCUUAGUGCUCCCGGGCUCGCACUGCAAAUGUCUCGAGACCGAACCCAGAAAACGGGUGAGCUGUGAACGCUCCCGAUACAAGCUCGAGGGCACGUCGAUGUCAAUUUCAGUUAACAUAAGAGGGCGGUAGAUCAGGCCAAAAUGGCAGCCGCGUCAAAUAGAUGAAAACAAAUGGAAUAAUCGGAUUCAUUCCACGAAUGCAAUAUUCAUCAAAAUACCAUAUUUAGACUAGUUGGGUGCACAUGGACCGUAACGUAUAUCAUAUCCGCUUAUUUUUGUUCUUUGCUAAACACUCAUAAUAAGCCGUUGGGUCCCCGAAAAAAAAAAAAAAAAAAACAGUGAAAGUGUGCCGUUUGAUUUAGAAAUAGUCACAAUAAACCCAGAACAAAGCGUGGAAUGUCAUGACGAAUUCAAAACAAUCUGCCGAGCGACGGCUUGUCUCUCAAAAACUCGUUAGUCAAGGCACUCAUAUCUCAAGGCACGUGCAUUUUAUUUCACAAUUUCAAACAGUUCCCCGGUGUCUGUGACCUAUGUUCAUUCAAAUUACCCCAAAAAUAUCAAAGAUGAUGGGACCAUGUUUUUUAGUUGCGCUAGAAUUACCCUGUUCUCAAUUCACCUUCUGCAGAUUAAAUGAACUGGAUGACUGAGAA